AUGGGGUCGGGAGACGGUAUACACGUCCUGCUUGGUCUUACUGGAAGCGUAGCAUCAAUAAAGGCACCCGAGUUGGUGUCCCUUCUUCAAGGAGAAGGAUUUACUGUUAAUGUCGUCGCCACAAAGGCUGCACACCACUUCUUUGACAAGAAAGAUAUAAUAGUUCCGAUGUACGAGGACGAGGAUGAAUUUAAUUGCUGGAGCUCUCGCGGUGAUGACGUCCUGCAUAUAAAGGUACUGCCAAGGUUAGUACUUACUUAUUCAGUAGUUGAAAAACUGGGCAGACGUAUUUCUUAUAGCUCCAAUGUCGGCCAAUACACUGGCGAAAAUAUCGAAUGGACUUGCCGACAACCUUCUAACAUGUAUCGCUAGAGCCUGGUAUUUCGACAUCAGUAAGAUAUGUGGAAGCAGGAAGAAAAUCGGGCUUUUUGCGCCGGCUAUGAAUACAGAUAUGUGGAAUAA